AUGUCUACAAUCAGAGCAGUGCAUGAUGAGAGGGAGCCGACUGUCGCUACCCCUUUACUUCAGGAUCACAUUCAUGGAAUCCCUCAGCAGAAAUGGAGGGAAAAUUCCGAUACUCGUGCCCUGGUUAUAUGCGCUAUAUUUAUCUUCGUCAUUAGUUCUGCUUCUUCUUUACAGCUUGCGCCUACGAAUCAGCUCCUGGAGCUCUCCGUUUGCCGAUCUUACUAUAGCUCUACUGACCCCGGUAUAUUUUCACAAGAUGGUAGUUUUUCAGGUGAAGUCUGCAAGAUACAUGAAAUCCAGAGUGAAGUCGCCAUUUGGAGAGGAUGGCUAGGGCUUGCACAGGCUGCCCCAGGUUUGCUGCUCGCUGUACCAUAUGGGAUUCUGGCGCAGUCCACCGGUCGGAAGCUGGUGGUGACCCUCGGACUUACUGGGGAAAUCAUAGGCGCUAUUUGGAUUUGGGUCGCUUGCCACUACUUGGAGCGCCUUUCUAUUUGGGUCAUGGUCUUAUCGGCCAGCAUUUGGUGCAUUGGGGGAGGGAGUUCUGUUAUGUCUUCCAUGGUCCUAGCAAUGGUCGCGACGUUUACAUCACCACGUAGCCGGUAUCACUUGAACUCCCGCCUAAAAACAAGAGCAUUCUUUUACAUGUCAGUUGUUAUCAUGGUGUCUGAGCUUCUGUCAGCUCCGCUGAGCUCGUUUCUCAUGUCACAAUAUGGGCCACAUAUACCCUUCCUCCUCGGAAUUCCUCUUGAAAUAUCAGGAUACCUAACUCUUUAUCUCUUACCCAACCCGGAUAUGUUGAAGUCUGAUCCACGCAGCAUGGAUGGGGGUGAAUGUGAAGCUCGAGCUAGCUUACCAGCCAAGACUCAGUUUGCUGGGGUGGCUCAGCUGAAAGAAAUUUGCUCUUUUGUUCUUUCUCAGCCUGCCCUGAUCAUGCUUCUUUUUGCUCUCAUGGUGAACAAAGUGACCCGUCAAAUAGAAGAACUUAUCGUUCAGUAUACGAGAGUUCGCUAUGGCUGGACAAUACCCCAGAGCGGGUAUCUGUUGUCUUUGGUCGCUGCUACACAUAUCUUUUUAUCAUGUUCAGUCUUGCCCUGGGCCCACCGCUCGCUAUUGGCACGAAAUGAAGGGAAUGUGGCCCAGGCUGAUCUUGUGAUGGCAAAAGCAAGUGGUUUACUAAUCUUGAUUCUGACUCAAGGCUUGUUACUCUUCCUUUCCGGUUCAGGAUUUCGCCCUGCAGUGCAAUCAUACAUAACUAGUGCAGUACCGCCGGGGGAUAUCACGUUGCUCUAUGCGUCGCUAUCCGUGGUUGAUGCCUUGGGAUCUCUAUCUGCAGCACCGCUGCUUGGAUACAUGUUAGCCGUUGGAAUCCAGAUAGGAGGCAUGGCGCUGGGUUUACCAUUCUUUUUGUCAUCAAUUCUCUAUGGCGUUAGUGCUCUUGGUGUGUGGCGCGCCCACAUCAAUGUCACCUAA